GUCUAGUUGACCGUCUUGCGGUUAUGCCUCGGCUAAAGGGUACGACGCGACAAGCACCGCGCCUUCAUCCGAACUUGGCUUCACUCAGGAUCACAUCCCUUCACCAUCACGACACAUUGCGAAAAUCACAGUAAAACGCCUACGAGGAACGAACGUGGCAGCAUCAGCCAUCUGUUAGACUCUGUAAUUUGCUCAUCGCCAGUAGCACUCCGGCGCCUCCGACGUCUCCAUUUGCGACACCUCAUGAGCCGCGCCUGCACUCAAUGAGCCUGGGCGCUGCUUCCCUUGCUUGAGCCGGCCGUGGAGGAAAGGGCACCCGCGAGAAUUUGAGCAUAAACUCCUGCCAUCGAAAUGUCCGGAAAUCCUCCGCCUCCAACCCCUGGUGGGAACUUUGGCGGCGCACCGCCGGUCACAUCGCCAGCACCAGCCACCGCUGGAGGGGCCGCUGGUUCAGGGUCUACCAUGUCGAAUCAAAACCUUAAUCAAAUAGUCACCGACUACCUCCUCAAAAGGGGGUUCAAUAGAACCGAGGAGAUCUUCCGACAAGAAUCGAAGCACCUCGGCGCAGAUGGCAAACCCCUUCAGCAGUUGGCCAACAUGGGGCCCAAGAAGUAUGCCAAGGCUUUCAACUUGUUGUAUGACUGGGUCGAGAACAACUUGGACAUCUACAAGUUUGAAUUGUCAAAACUACUCUGGCCCAUCUUUGUCUACUCCUUCAUCGAGCUCGUGAACCAUGGCUACGGAGAUGACGCAAAGAGAUUCCUCACAGACUUGAGUCAUCACUUCCAGCACAGCCAUAGCGAUGAUCUCAAUACCUUCCAAACGAUCACAUUACCACAGCAUAUCAACGAAAAUGCGACAGCCAAGCUGUACAAGGACAACCGCUACCGCAUACCGCUCAACCAGCAUGCUACUGGCGAUCUGUUCAAUUUUCUCGAGCGCGAAUCGGAGCAGGGUGGCUCCGUCAUUCGCCAGCUUCUCGUGACAUACUGUCAGAUCGACUCGACGGCGCGGGGACCCGUGACGCCCUUCAGCUUUGAAGCGGUGUUCCGCAAGACGAGGAAUAUCGACCUUGAUGAUGUGGACAAAAACGAAGGCAUCCCAGGCGUCAACAUCGGCCUGUCAAACCGCGACGUACUGGACCCAGCGGCACCAUUAGCUCUUGGUCCACUGCCCAUGGACACAGACUUGAAGGAGGAUGUGCGCGCUGAAAUCCAAGAUGAGGAGGCACGCAACCCGCCUCAGGAUGGUCGGCCCAGUAUGCUCGAGGAAUUUGACCAAAGAAUUAAGCGUGAAGAGAGCGCCGAUGUGCCUAACAGGACGGAGCUGCCCCUUCCGCCGUCACGCCCACGGGACAUUGCCUUGGAGAUGUCGAAGCUGAAGGAAAACCGCGAUCGCUUCAAGAUUGAAGGGCGAACAGGGGGUGCUGGCAUUCCUGUGAGCGCCUGUAUCUUUACCUACCAUAACACACUGAACACGGUUUCUAGCAUGGACUUUUCCGACGAUGGCACCAUGGCGGCUGCCGGCACGACUGAGUCGUAUAUCCGCGUUUGGUCUCUGGACGGCAAGGCGUUGCCCUCCUCAAAUCCUUACGAUAAGGACCAAAAGUUCAACAGCCGCAAACUCGUCGGACACUCCGCCCCCGUGUAUGAUGUGCACUUCUCGGACUCCGCGUCAGGUCCCCCCACCAGAUUGUUUGGCGAAGAGGGCAAGAAGAAUCCCGCACUGGACACCCGAGCGAAGCUACUCAUCUCGUGCUCGGCCGACGGUCAGAUCCGACUAUGGUCCCUAGAAUCGUGGACGUGUCUCUGUCUAUAUAAGUCUCACGACGGCCCUGUAUUCAGGACGCAAUGGGGGCCUCAUGGUCACUACUUCCUCAGUGGUGGCUACGAUAAGGCCGUCCGUGUAUGGAUGCAGGACCACGCCUCACCCCAGAGACUGCUCGUGGGCCACGAUACGGCCAUCUCUUCCAUUGCUUGGCAUCCGAAUGGCUUGUACGUCUUUUCGGCCUCGGAUGAAACCGACAAAUCCAUUCGCAUGUGGUCAGUCGUCACGGGUCAAUGCGUGCGUGUGUUCAGUGGCCAUAAUGACUAUGUCACGGCACUCGAGUGCGCGCCAAAUGGCAAGCUCCUUGCCAGCGCUGACACCGCUGGAAACAUCAUGUUCUGGGAUCUGAGCAACGGCAAGCGCAUCAAGCGGUCAAGAGGUCACGGCAAGGGCGGUAUUUGGUCCCUGAGCUUCAGCAUGGAGUCUAACGUGCUUGCAUCUGGAGGCCAGGACUGCACCGUUCGUCUCUGGGAUGUCGAGCUACCGACCGACCCUCAGAAGGCCGCGCAACAGCAUGGGCUCGAUAGCCUCACUGCGAACACCGACCUCAAUGCUGCCAACGACCCCGCUCGCAUCGGGGGCGGGACAGGUGGCCCCUCGACGUCUGCCGCCACCACUGGUGCUGGCGCGCCUUCCAAGAAGAAGGGCAAGGAGGUCAUGGUCACGCCCGACCAGAUCAGUGCAUUCCCUACGAAGAAGACCCCCGUCAUGAAGGUGAAGUUUACGCGGAUGAACUUGGUCAUCGUUGGCGGCUGCUACGAUCCCGAGCGUUAGGAGCCUGGGCGUAAGCCGGAGUAACCUUAGUUGGAUGGAAAAGGGUACAGCGGAGAUGGGGACAUUUGCCCUUUGGCGUAUUUAAUUGAUGGUACAGGGCUCUCGUAAUGUAAUAUGACGAUGCCAUUCUGGAAACAUGAAAAUCCAUGAGAUGUGCUGG